AUGUCGACUAUUGUACAAUCGGGGAUGUUGGCUAAUUUUUGGGGAGGUAUGGGGUUUGACUAUGAGUUUGUUAAUUCUAAUGGUCACUCGGGUGGUUUAGCUUGUAUGUGGGAUCCCAAGACAUAUGUGAAAGACAUGGUAGCGAAAGAUGAUAAUUAUCUUCAUGUUUCGGGUUUGCUGACGGAUGGUUCUAUUCGUCUUAAUAUUAUUAAUGUUUAUACUCCUCAACACAAUCAAGAUAAGAGAAAUCUGUGGGUAAAAAUUGUUCAACUUAUGCAAUCGGGUCAAGGUUGGUGGUUGGUUUUUGGCGAUUUCAAUGCAGUUCGAAAUAUGGGAGAAAGAAAAAAUUCAAAGUUCGAUACAGUUUGUGCUAGGGAUUUUCACAAUUUUAUUGAUGAGGUGAGCCUUCGAGAAUAUAAUUUGAAAGGUAUGAAGUAUACUUAUAUGACGAAUAGAGGAGGCAAGUGUAAGAUGAGUAGAAUUGAUCGGAUGCUCGUUUGUUGCAAUGUUUAUAAAAAAUGGCCAAAUGCUUGUGCUCGCGCUCUAAAUAGAGAAUUAUCUGAUCACUCGCCCCUAAUUCUGUCACUCGUUGAUACCAAUUUUGGACCAAAGCCGUUUCGUUGUUUUGAUUCUUGGCUUGAUAGACCGGGCUGCGUUGAGAUUAUUACUUCGGUUUUAACUGGAAAUAAUAUGGAGGGUCCUUCGGAUCUCAAUCUUAAUAAUAAACUAAAGAUGUUGCGUAACAGAUUAAAAGUGUGGUAUAAAGCGUGUAAAUGCAAUGAAGAGGAAGAGGAAAAAAGACUUCGUAAAGAAAGAGAUGAGAUCGAGAGGCUGAUGGAACAGAAAGAUUUAGAGGAGUCUAAAUUAUGGGUGUGGUCCGAGUGCAAAAAGAGUCUUGAAGAGAUUGAGCUGUUUAGAUCUCGUGACAUUCGUAAAAAAUCUCGGGUGAAAUGGGCGGCUCUUGGGGAUGAAAAUACAGGUUUCUUCCAUAGUACGGUGAAUGGUAGAAAGGCUAGGAACGCUAUUCCGGGCCUCCAAGUGAAUGGGGAGUGGGUUUCUAAACCGACUUUGGUUAAGAAGGAGGUGUUACGAUUUUUUAGAGCUCACUUUAAAGAGGAAUGUUGUUUUUGUCCGGCUUUAUUAUGCUCGGGUAUUAACAGUAUUAUGGAUCGGGAUUGUGAUUUUUUAACCGCGACUUUUUCUAAACAAGAGAUUAAAGAUGCGGUUUUUUUAUUGUGGUUCGAAUAA